AUGUCGCGCCCGCCGCUGUCUUCCGCUUCCGGGGCCGGCAUGUUGGCCUGGGCGCGGGCGGGAAAUGGCGGCGGCGGCGGGGCGGCCGCCAUGACCUUCGAGGCGGCGCUGCGGGAGAACAUCAGCAGCGGCGGGCCGCCCUGCGAGGAGGCGGCGGGCGCCGGCGGGCGGCACAGCGAUUCAAACAUUAAGAUUCUCGAAGAUGAGUUUGAUGAACUUAUUGUAGAGACAGCAACAAAACGUAAGCAAUGGCCUAAAAAGAUACUAAUGCACGCUGUCCAGACCAUGAAGGAGGAGCAGGAGAUGCUGAAGCUCUACAAGCCUGUGGUAARACCAGAAGAGAUAAAAUCACCACCUUCUCAAGAUACCUACAUGGCAGAGCUGAAGCAGCAGGCAGAAACGGCCUCCAAACAGAUCGGUGACAUAAUGAAGUCUCUCCCAGCACUCAUAGAAAGAGCGGAAGGCUUUUCCCAAGCACUGACUUGGCAACCAACGCUGGAGCUCUGCAAGCUGCGGGAAGAAGUGUUUGCUGCCUSUAAGGUGAAGGGGGAGGACAAGGCCAAGAACGCCCCCUCGCCGGUAGAAGUCACACCAACGAGCACUGAUCCCAACAAAGACACUUGCCUUUUCUUGMAAAGGAAGAGAACUGCAGACUUGGCACAAGCGAGACGCUAUCCGCUGCGCCGCAGGAAGAUCGCGCUGAGCACCUGAAUCUCUCGUCUAGCAUUUUGAGAUUGGAGACUCAGUUGUCCUCUUGUGCUSUGUUGCUUUUUCCCUUCUAAUUCAGUGCUCUUCCUAAGAACUAUCUUAACUAUUUAAUCUKGGAUCUUUUUAAAAAUAUUUCUCCUCUUACUAUGACCCCGCUGGUAUAUGAAAGCCUAAGCCUAUCAGUAGCACCUAUCCAGCAAGUGUAUGUAGUGAUUAACCCUCAUUUCUUGCACUUUUAUUGCAGGGCUCGCUGUGGGUGCUGAUGUUUCAGAGUUGUGCACAUGCUUUGUGCACAUGGGCAGUCUUUCUGUAGGCCAGAGACUGCUCGUUUCCAUGAAGCAUGUGCCUAAGGAGGCUGGAGAGUAUCUGCUUCUCCAAAUACACCCUCACCUGCACUCACUGGGGUGACUGUUUUUCCUCAGUAAGUUGAAUUAAAAAGAAUUUCAUAAUGGAAUAUAUUAAAAACACCAUUUUAGUGUGAUGUUACAGUUUAGAAAAUCCACAUGUAAGUGUAAAAUUGGUCCCUGCUAUUAGACCUUCCUUGAAUUUAGGUCAACUGGCCCUAUUUAUAGUCAUGUUUAAACAUAGAGUUUUUAUAAUUGUAUAUAUUUACCUUCAGUGUGCUAUUCUGAACAGCAAUGGACCAUACACAUCUUCUCUGAUAUUUUCAUUUCAUGUAUUCCAAAUAUGCAGUCUGGGGGUUUCCUGGACAGUAUUUCUACACAUUACAAGAUCUUGACUUUGGUCAUGUAUGCAUCUGUGAUAUUUGACUAAACUUUUAAAAUCAAUGUAGACUGACAGUAAAUGAGGUUAAGUUGAGCUUUCUUAUGCUUUUUUUCCCCACACAUUUGUACCUAGACAAUUGCACAGUGCUACUAAYUAGAGUAGCAUGACUUAACCAUUCAUAACUUCUAGCUUGCAGGAUACACUCAUGGCCAAUGUGUGUUUUGUCACACAGUAACAUGAGUUUUUUGAAAAACUUUUGUUAAUAAAAUGUACUGUGGUAGGAAGGUGGUCCAACUUUGUGUUUAAGAAUYGGAAAAUUGAAGAAAAUGU